AUGCGAAAAACGCAAAUAUGGGAAAAACGCAAAUAUGGGAAAAACGCAAAUAUGGGAAAAACCCAAAUAUGGGAAAAACGCAAAUAUGGGAAAAACGCAAAUAUGCGAAAAACGCAAAUAUGGGAAGAACGCAUAUAUGGGAAUAACGCAAAAAUGGGAAAAACGCAAAUAUGGGAAAAACGCAAAUAUGGGAAAAACGCAAAUAUGGGAAAAACGCAAAUGUGGGGAAAAGGAAAAUAUGGGAAAAACGCAAAUAUGGGAAAAACGCAAAUUUGGGAAAAACACAAAUAUGGGAAAAACGCAAAUAUGGGAAAAACGCAAAUAUGGCAAAGACGCAAAUAUGGCAAAGAUGCAAAUAUGGCAAAGACGCAAAUAUGGCAAAGACGCAAAUAUGGCAAAGACGCAAAUAUGGCAAAUCGCAAUAAUGACAAAUCACAAAUAUGGGAAAAACGCAAAUAUGGGAAACAAAUGUGGAAAAACCGAAAAUAUUGGAAAAACGCAAAAAUGGGAAAAACUCAAAUAUGGGAUAAGAUAAACUUGUGGUAG